GUGCCAGGACAGGUGCAUCUGGAUCUACUGAGCCACGGGGUCAUUGCAGAACCGUAUAUUGCCGACAACGAUGUGCAGUUGGUCUGGGUUCGCAAUACCAGCUGGCUUUAUACCUUGACCUUUGCGCCCUCUAGCAAAGUGCUGUCGCAUCAGGUGGUCGAACUGUGUUUCGAGGGUAUCGAUACUGUGGCAGAGAUGUUUUUGAAUGACCAGAAAAUUGGAAUGACCAAUAAUCAGUUUCGUCGAUGGACUUUUAACGUCACGGGGUCGCUGCGACCGACGCAAAACAACCUCACCGUAGUACUAGCCAGUCCAGUGUCGUCCGGUGCAGCGGAACAAGCUUCAUACCCGUACGGCCUGCAAGCAUUUGCCACCCCCACGGGCUUUGCCAACAUCAACUUUCUACGUAAGAGGCCUUCCGAUGCAGGCUGGGACUGGGGCCCAGCGUUUGGUACCAUGGGGUUGUGGCGCAGCGUGAAGCUACGCAGUUAUGACAUUGGGGCCCUGAACGACUUUUGGUUGGAGGUAACAAGUGACGUUGAUAUCAACAUGCCCCAGCGGGCAUACUGGCCGCCUUAUCGGCCGCUCACGGUCAACAACUCGCUGACACUCCACUAUUAUGCGGAAGUUGUUUGCUCUCACGCAAAGGGAGCGAUCGACCUGCAAUUUGAUAUCGAUCACACUGUGACCUUGCCGGUUCGACCAGAGCAGCUUUGGUUCCCUCGUGGCUACGGUGCCCAGCCGCUGUUCACGGCGACAGCAAAUUGUUCGGCGCUCUCGACCUCCCUGUCGCGGACAGUCGGCCUGCGCCACGUGCUCUUGCGUCGAGACGCGCUUCCCGAUGUCUCAGGUCGCUCGUUCUAUCUCGAAGUCAAUGGCGUCCCCGUUUUUGGCAAGGGUGCCUCAGUCGUGCCAUUUGAUGCCUUUGAUGGCCGCGUUUCAAACGCAAAGCUGCAGCAAAUGCUGGCCUCAGCGGUGGCAGCCAAUUUCAACAUGCUUCGAGUCUGGGGCGGGGGUGACUAUUUACGCGAUGCCUUUUGGGCGGAGGCCGAUCGGCUGGGUUUGUUAGUGUGGCUGGAUUUUCAGUUUGCCACCGCGCUUUAUCCGCGCAACGAUGCAUUUGUGGCCAAUGUCGUACAGGAAGUCCGCCACCAAGCUCGCCGGCUGACAGGUCACCCCAGCUUGGCCAUGUGGUGUGGAUCCAACGAGGGCUUGAUCGAUACGCUGCGAAUGUCCACCAACGAGACUCUGCAGCAAGCCACGGCCGACUAUGUCGCCCUUUUCGACGAGGGCCAACGCCGAGAAAUGUGGGCUACGGCACCGCAUGCUCCCUUCUUUGCCAGCUCUCCGUCCAACGAUGCUUUGAUCGACGACCCUGCACGUGGGCUCUACCUGCAUCGCUGGGUGCCCGGCGACAUGUCUGGUGACUUUGGCGAUAUUCGACAUUAUGACUAUGACCACGAUGUCACACUGACAGCAUACUACGCUCGAGGACGCUUCGUAUCCGAGUAUGGGUGGCAGUCAUACCCGUCCUUGAGAACGUUGGCAGCGGUGACCCAGCCGAAGGACUGGUCCAAUGAUAGCCCAGCUAUGGCGCAUCGCCAGCACCACCCCAAUGGCAAUGUCCAGCUCGCUGAACAGGCACGUCUCGUGGUAGGCGCGCGGCAGCUGUAA